GAGAGUUUAGACUGGCAGGGUCGCCAUUGAUCCGACAGCUCCAGCCACCCAAGCCCGCCCCCUCUCGGUUGCCGUGGAAGCAGGCCCGGCCCGCCCUCUAGCUGUCUGACAGCAAGACAGAGCGGAGGGAAGUAGGUCCGUGGGUCGGUCGGGAACGAGGCUCUGGCUGCCGGGCCCGCGCAGAGCCGUUGCCAUGGCAGCCGCCGCCGGGGACGCGGACGACGAGGCUCGCUCCGGCCGCUCGAGCUCCGAUGGCGAGUGCGCGGUGGCGCCGGAGCCGCUAACUGGCGCCGAGGGCCUCUUCUCCUUUGCAGACUUUGGUUCUGCGCUGGGCGGCGGCGCAGGCCUCCCUGUCCGGGCGUCCAGCGCGGCCCAGUCCCCGCUGCGUUACCUCCAUGUCCUGUGGCAGCAGGACUCGGAGCCGCGCGAUGAGCUGCGCUGUAAGAUCCCCGCUGGCCGGCUGAGGCGCGCCGCUAGGCCCCACCGCCGGCUCGGGCCCACGGGCAAGGAGGUGCACGCUCUGAAGAGGCUGAGGGAUGCAGCCAAUGCCAAUGAUGUGGAAACAGUGCAGCAGCUGCUAGAAGAUGGCGCGGAUCCCUGUGCAGCUGAUGACAAGGGUCGCACAGCACUCCAUUUUGCCUCCUGCAAUGGCAAUGACCAGAUUGUGCAGCUGCUUCUAGACCACGGGGCUGAUCCUAACCAACGAGAUGGGCUAGGAAAUACACCACUGCACCUGGCGGCCUGCACCAACCAUGUCCCUGUCAUUACCACACUGCUACGAGGAGGGGCCCGUGUAGAUGCCCUGGACCGAGCUGGCCGCACACCCCUGCACCUGGCCAAGUCCAAGUUGAACAUCCUUCAGGAGGGCCACUCCCAGUGCCUAGAAGCUGUGCAGCUGGAGGUGAAGCAGAUCAUCCACAUGCUGAGGGAGUACCUGGAGCGCCUAGGGCAGCAUGAACAGAAAGAACGGCUGGAUGACCUCUGUACCCGCCUCCAGAUGACAAGCACCAAAGAGCAGGUGGACGAAGUGACUGAUCUCCUGGCCAGCUUCACCUCCCUCAGUUUGCAGAUGCAGAGCAUGGAGAAGAGGUAGCAAGAAAGACUCCCUGCCUUCUUGCUCUGCCUCUGCCCCCCUGCUUCCACUGCUGUCUCAUUAUAAAGAAAAGGCCCAACGUCUGGGACUUUGGAGCUAUUCUUGUCUGGUGAGGACCUUGCCAUCAUCCUCAGAUGCUGUGGGGCAAAGACUUUCUCUCCACAACCUCAGAGCCACUGCCAACCACGAUCUCCAUCACCUCUGGUGUGGGACGCCAACCCCCAGCUUCUUCCUCCAUUCCCACAGCACUAGGCCAGCUUCUGCUGCCACAGUUCAGCUCUGGCCAACCUGCACUGUCCUAGCAGCCUCACCUGCCCCAUGGCCUCCAUGGCACCCUAACUAGGACCCAGACCCUUCUCUGUAUUCUCCUUGGUCAUGGGCUUAUUACAGCCAACAGGCAUGGGCUAAGGCAGGCACCCUCUGGCCAAGGGAACUGGCCCUGUACCUGUCACCAGCACUUAGAUUUAGACUUCUCACCACCAGACUUUCAAGGAGACCCUGCAGUGAUUUUCUCUAGUUGGAAGGGGAGGGUUAGUAAAGCCUAGACCUUAAAAUACAAGGUCAGGAAGGAAGGAAAUACCCCAAAGUAAAAAAUCCCAACCCUGGGCGGUGCCUGUGGCUCAAGGAGUAGGGUGCCGGUCCCAUAUGCUGGAGGUGGCAGGUUCAAACCCAGCCCCGGCCAAAAACCACAAAAAAAAAAAAAUCCCAACCCUUUUUCUCUCAGUCAUUGAAACACUAGGAGGGUGUAAGAGGUUUGCAGCCUAGUUAUAGUAGGCUGUUGGUGCCCCCCACCCCCCAGGAACCGGUGACCAUUACCUUAGAGGGCAAGAGGGGCUUUGCAGAUGUUAAUUACAUUAAGGAUCUUUAGCCCGGGACAUGAGCCUGGAUUGUCCAGGUGGGCCUGAUUUAAUCCCAGGGAUUCUUUUAAGAGCAAAGCAGGAACUGAGAGAGGAGGUAGGAGAUACAGUGAUGAGAGCAAGAAGAUGGAGCAGUUCCAGGAGGGGUCACAAACCAAGGAAUGCAGGCUGCCACCAGAAGCAAAGAAAUGGGUUUUCCCCUGAGAACUUAAAAAAGAUGCCAGCCCUUAAUGAGACUGAUUUUGGAAUUAAGGCCUCCAGAACUGUAAGGGAAUAAAUUUGUGUUGUCUUAA